CAUUCUUUCCCAACAACCAGCUUGAAAGCCCUACAACCAUGGCAAUAAAGAAGCAAUACCCAAACCUCAUCUUCACUAUCUCAUUUCUCUUAUUUACCUAUCUCCAUUGCUCAACACCCUCAGCCCAAGCUCCUGCACCGGCACCACCAACCAGUCCACCGAACAUCAUCAAAAUCCUCAAAAAAGCCAACCAAUACACAUUCUUCGUUCGUCUCCUAAAAUCCACCCAAGUCUCCGAUCGCCUCAUCGGCGAGCUCAGAGAUCCAGACGAUGGAAAAACUAUUUUCGCACCCACAGAUAAGGCUUUCACGAACCUCAAAUCUGGUCCAAUGAAUUCACUCAACGAUAAUCAAAGGGUUGAACCGGUACUAUUUCACGUCGUCCCGGUUUACAUCCCAUUGAACCAGUUCCAAACUGUUAGUAGUCCGAUGACGACCCACGCCGGAGAUAGUGGCGAUGGUGAGUAUCCUCUCAAUGUCACCACUGCUGGAAAAACAGUGACUCUAAUGACGGGGCUGAUGAAAACCAGACUUGUUGGCACCAUUUAUAGUGACGGUCAGCUUGCUAUUUAUCGGGUGGAUCAAGUGCUUCAACCUUUGCAAAUAUUUUCUUCUCGGUCUUCAGGUCCGACGCCUGCACCAGGAAAGGCUGCUGAUGUUGCUGAGAAGUCUAGAGCUCCUGGCCUUGCCAUGCAUAAUUUUGCUUUGUUUGCUGUUAGUGUUAUAGUUUUGGCACUUUCUUUGUGACAAAUAAAAGGUUGAUGGGGAAAUAUGGGGAGCUCCAUUUUGUGUCUGAUUUUGUUCAAUUAUUGAUGAUGACAAAAGUUGUAAUUUGUUUCUUUUUCCCUUUGAUCUAUUGGAUGAAUAUUUGUAAAA